GUAUACUUGUUACUGACCCAUUUUUAUUGUGAAUUUAAUAAAUAUGCUAUUACCAAUCACUCGCCUUUAAAUAUCGGCUUUGUAAACAAUUUUCUCACCAACCAUGGUGCAUUGGUGCUGAUAUAUAUUAUCAGUUUUAAUGAAUAUAUCUCUGUGUACAUGUGUUAAAAGUAAAGGGAGCUGAAGAUUUAGUAAGCUAUUUGAUUUCAUUUACAAUAGUUUUCCAAAGCAUGGUUUCGUCUCAAACGGAUCCUGUUUUUAUGCUGGAUCCUAAUAGAGACUAACGCCUGGGCAUUUAGUAAACCGAAUAAACUGAAUGAAUAAAGUUUUCAGCUUGUUUUGUUGGUUUAUGAAUCCCCUUGCUAUCUACUAUUCUUAUCAUUUUUCCUCAACUUUGUGAUGCAACACAUCACGCAGAAAAGCAUGGGACUUGUGCUUCUCCAGUGAUACGAGAUGAGUAUCAAUUUUUCCUGACAACACUCAACGUCUACUUCAAAUAUAAUGUCACAGAAGUUCUGAAUGAAGCUGGAUAUGUUCCAUCAAACUCUGAAAAGUAUCCUCUUGGCGGCAUAAAAACUGCUAUUGAGAAUGCUUUUCAUCAAUCACCUAUGAUUAUUUGUUCGGGUGAUGCUAUUGAAGAAGUUCAUUUCUGUUUCUACAAAACUUUUGAGCCUCGAGAAUGUGCUAAUUAUGGCAGCAUCAAAGAACAGGUGGAUUUGUCAAAACCCUCCUGUCCAAAUUAUGUUAGCUUGCCAGUUUACAAUUCCUUAGGUCUAAAAAAUGUUGAAGCUUUCAAGCCGAUUACGAUUUGAUAUCAGAAGCUUAGGCAGAUGCCCUGGGUUGCCGCUGAAUUGCUGGGACUAACCCCUCCGCGCCUAGAAUCUGAAGUAUUCAGCUAAAUCCUGUGAACCGUAAAAAUAAAAUCAUUGAUCAUAUGAUCGUAUUGUUCUAUCAGAAGUUCAUUCGCAGAACGAGAUAUUUAUGAUUAAAGCCGUUGGCAGCCCUGCUAGACUGUUUGCAUAUGCAGUGACUCAUUGUUGAUAACGAAUCCUACUUCUUUAUCUGCUCAUAUUUGUUGUAAUUUGAGAAAGAUAGCACAAUUGAUGCAGAAAAUAAACAGAUAGUCUGAUACUCUUCAGAUUAAUAACCUAAGCAGCAGAUCCACAAUUGAUGGAACACCAUUAGAGUUCUGUUUUUGUAUUCUACAGUGAUUUCCUUUUAACACUAUUCAUACUAUCAUAUACUCUCUCCUUCCACUCAUUUUACUAUUUUCUUAUUCAAAAUCUGUCACAUUCAAUGAAAAUGUAACAAAAUUUGUGCAAUUUACUCACUCCGUUGAUCUCAAUUUAUAUCAAUUUCUAUUUUGAAUUAUCAAACGGAUUAAGCAAAAGAUAUUCACCAACUACUUAAUAAUAUUAUAAUGAAAUUUACUUGCUCCUAUCUGAAAUACUAGCACUCGAUUGUAAGCUAUUGUGUGGAAACGUCACUAUCAGUAGCAAGUAUAAUAGAACGGAGGAAGUAUAUAGCGGCACCGCAUGCAUGUGGUUCUAAGAAGUUGUUUGGUAAAUGACUUUUUUAUUAACUUUUUGUUUUACUUUUGCCUUAUUAAUUGGUAAAAAAAACAUAUUUGGAUAGCUUAACAAAACAAAUUGCUGCAGCCAGGAUUUGAACCUGGAUUUUUUAAUCGACCAAUUACAAUUAGCUCCAGUAUGCUACUGCAGCUUCUCGUGAAGUGUUUCCUAAAUGCUUAACAUAACUUGUUGCUUUUCCAUCUUCUUCCUAUUUUCGCGAUCAACGGCGCCUUUCAAAACCCCGACAAUCGGCCGAGCUACUGUCGAUAAUUCAUUUGAAGUCAGAAGCUUUCUUUUUUCUGGACUGAUAGCAAGGCUCGCUUUUCCUUUGUUCCUAUGAAGAUCCAGAAGGCCAAUGCUGGACCGCUUACUAAUUUUGAAGUGCUCUACUUACUACGAUCUAGAGGGGCUUCAAGGGACCCUACUCGAGCUAUGUCUUUGAUAACGCCAUCUGAAUUCAAGGUUUACGAUUAUUUGGUUGAGAGUGCUGCUUGUAAUCAGACUAGAGAACGUGUCAAAAACUUUCUAGAGAAAUCAAAAGAAUAUCAACUAGCAAAAGCUGAGGUGAUAAACAUCAUCAACAUCCGGCCAACUUCUGCUGUUGAACUGGUUCCGAUCAUAGAAGAGCUGGAUGAGCGCAAACUGGAAGAGGACUUGGACAAGAUGGUGGAUAUAGUAGUUCAAGUAUUUCCACCCCAUCCAAAUGAGCAAAACGUGGAUGAGGAAGCUCCCGAGGGUGGUUCUCCAGAAAUGCCUGUCGAUGCCAAUGCAAAAGAACAAAAAGCUGGCUGAUUUUCCCUGAUGCCCUGUGCAGAUUAUUUUGAGGAGUUAGCUUUACGUUUUUCUGAGUUGAAAUUAGCUCAAAAUAGUGAAUGUACGAAUUGAAAUUAGCUCAAAAUAUCGUUGAAUUUGAGCAAAUUCGGUGUGUCUUGUUUUGUUAUGUUUCAUAUUUGUAGCAAAUGACUCUGAAUAUAUAAAUUUUGAUAAAAACCAACUAAAAUUUGCUUA